AUAUAUAAAUUCGCGGAAGACACGCUUUUGACUCGAUUUGGGAACCCUAACUCCUUCCGGAUUACCUUCACUCGAUCUGUAUUCUGUAUUACGUUUUGCCCUUUGGGGAAAUCGCCGAUUCGAUCCAACAUGGAUGAAGAGUAUGAUGUCAUCGUCCUCGGUACUGGUCUCAAGGAAUGCAUCCUCAGCGGUCUUCUCUCCGUCGAUGGUCUGAAGGUUCUCCACAUGGACAGGAAUGACUAUUAUGGUGGAGAAUCAACCUCACUCAACCUUAUUCAGCUAUGGAAGAAAUUCAGAGGAAGUGACAAGCCUCCAGCUCACUUAGGUUCAAGUAGAGAUUACAAUGUGGACAUGAUCCCCAAGUUCAUAAUGGCAAAUGGUGCUCUUGUACGUGUCCUCAUCCACACUGAUGUCACAAAAUAUCUUUACUUCAAAGCUGUUGAUGGAAGCUUUGUCUACAACAAAGGAAAGGUACACAAAGUUCCUGCAACCGACAUGGAGGCUCUCAAGUCUCCUCUCAUGGGCAUUUUUGAGAAACGUCGUGCUCGCAAAUUCUUCAUUUAUGUUCAAGACUACAAUGAAAACGACCCCAAAACCCAUGAAGGAAUGGACCUCACACGUGUUUCAACUAAAGAGCUUAUCGCUAAAUAUGGUCUUGAUGACAACACUGUGGACUUCAUUGGCCAUGCAUUAGCUUUACACAGAGAUGAUCGUUACUUAUACGAACCCGCACUUGAAACAGUGAAAAAAAUGAAGCUUUACGCGGAGUCACUUGCACGUUUCCAAGGAGGGUCUCCUUACAUUUAUCCUCUGUAUGGAUUAGGCGAGCUUCCUCAGGCAUUUGCUAGGUUGAGUGCUGUGUAUGGUGGGACCUACAUGUUGAACAAACCUGAAUGCAAGGUGGAGUUUGAUGAAGAAGGAAAAGUGUGUGGGGUCACUUCAGAGGGUGAAACUGCUAAAUGCAAAAAAGUUGUUUGUGAUCCUUCCUACUUGUCCAACAAGGUGAGAAAAGUUGGGAAAGUUGCAAGAGCAAUUUGCAUUAUGAGUCACCCGAUUCCAAACACCAAUGACUCACAUUCAGUUCAAGUUAUUCUUCCACAAAAACAAUUAGGUCGCAAAUCAGACAUGUAUCUGUUUUGUUCUUCAUAUUCUCACAAUGUUGCUCCAAAAGGAAAGUUUAUUGCGUUUGUGUCAACAGAAGCUGAAAGUGAUCGACCUGAAAUUGAAUUAAAACCAGGGCUUGAUCUUUUAGGCCCAGUUGAUGAAAUCUUUUAUGAUGUUUACGAUAGAUAUGAACCAUGCAAUGAGCCUUCUCUUGAUAAUUGCUUUAUAUCCACAAGUUAUGAUGCGACUACUCACUUUGAGUCGACUGUGAUUGAUGUGCUCAAUAUGUACUCGAUGAUAACUGGGAAGGUUCUUGAUUUGAAUGUAGAUCUAAGUGCUGCGAGUGCUGCUGAAGAGUAGAAAGACGAUGGAGUUGGAGAUGUGUUGGGGUUUCUACUUUUAUGGUGAUGAUGAAUUUUACUUGAAGCUUUGAAUUUUUAUAUUUUUAGCUUUGAAAAGAUUAUAUAAAAAAAAAUGUGGAAGUAAUUUGUUGUGUGUGUAAAAUGUGGAAGGAAUUCGGUCACUGUGUACUUUAUUUUAUUUUAUUUUUUAUUUUAAUGCUUGGUGUUUUAUCUUU